AUGUCAUCCAGUUGCUCCAGUAUUGAUCUGGGGAUUGAUCCUGAUAUUGAUGAUGCGGUGGGUUUAAUUUCUAGAAGUUUUGUGAUGAAAGAUUGGUAUUUUAGUUGCCUGAUUCUCUUGUUAAUGACAUCGAACUGUUUGCGGAUCACAUAAACAACCUGAAGAACUCUUUAAAUCCAAAUUCGUAUGUCCCAGGUAAGCAAAAAUUAAGUCUUAAAAAGAAAUCAGCAUUCCGUUCUGACGCCAUCCUUUUUUUAUUUACCACCCCGGUAGUCUCCUAGCAGCCAAUACCGAAAGACAAUUACCUUAUCAACCGCUGAGAACAAUCUCUUUUGCCUCGAGAAUUGAUUUCCCUUAAAGGCGUCAUUACCCGGCCCAAAGGUGUAAAAAGUCAUCAAAUUUAAUGGGUAUUUAGUGACUUGUAAACAGGCGUCGUUCCCUCAUAAAACAACCGGAAUGACGUCGAACAAUUAAAAUUAUCAGUGACUCAUCAACUUCCUUUUAUUUCCAGAUGGAGAGAGUAAAUGUGUCCAAGUCCACGCAGCCUUGUCGCUGGUCUCGCAAUCGGUCCGUGACUUGCUGGUCCGAUAUCCGAUCUUCAAAACAUCGCAGGUCCUGAUCCCGGCUAGUCAGCUAGUACAUUCGAUUAAAGGUUAGUGACAUUUGUCCUUUUCUGAUAUUCUAAUACGAUUACGAUUUCCUUCUCUCGCCGAUGACGUCAUCCUUAUCACAACUUUCAGAAAUCAACUUUGACAACUCACCCAACGACUAUGGCCGCACGUUGCAGUGCAUCGAGAAGCUGGAGGCUGCAGUGGGGAGCACGCUCCGACUAUCCGUGUAG